GCUCGGGCACAGCCGUGGCCCCUCAGGUGGAGGAGGCUCCGGCGACGGCACCACGCCUGCUGCUCCGAGGCCGGAUCGCGCCGCCCGAGAGCUGCCGGGGGUGCGGGCGCGGAGCGGCGGAGACGCGGGCUCCCAUGGGCUGGGCUCCCACCGCGGGUCGGCAUCGCUGCCAGCCGCGGGCAGCAAGGGACGGGAGGGCGGCAGCUGCGGCAGGGGAAGGGGUCCCGUUGCCCACAGACACGAGGCCGGGCCUGGCCGGGCAUGGCUCAGAGAGCGGCCCGCACGGCUGCGGAUGAGCUAGCCAACGCCGCCGCCCGCGGCGAUCUGCAACGGCUGAGGGAGCUGCUGGACGGCGCGGCCGACCCCAACGCUGUCAACUCAUUCGGCCGGACCCCCAUCCAGGUGAUGAUGCUGGGCAGCCCGCGGGUGGCCGAGCUGCUGCUGCAGCGCGGCGCCGACCCCAACCGGCCCGACCCGCGCACCGGCUGCCGCCCCGCACACGACGCGGCCCGCGCCGGCUUCCUGGACACGCUGGCGGCUCUGCACCGCGCCGGGGCGCGCCUCGACCUGCCU